AAACGCUGUUCUUUUUUUAACUUUUUAACUCAGGACUAACUCUCAAGCAAUGGAGACGUUUAGGACGGAGGUGCAUGUUCCUCCAGGCAGCAAAGUGGAGUUUGAGCUGCACUAUCAGGAAAUGAUGCAGAGGAAGCUGGGCGUCUACCAGCACACGCUACACUUACAACCUGGACGCCUGGUUCCACUGCUGCAGGUGGAUGUGUAUAUAUUUGAGCCCAAGGGUAUCAAGUUUGUCACGGCCUCUAACACACUGGGAGAGGAAUUAGCAGAUUUGACCAAAAUCAGCCACACAAAAGAAAAAGCCCACAUUGUGUUCAAACCAACUCUGCAGCAGCAGCGCAAGUGUGAAAACUGCACAGAAAGUGCAGUGGAUGGUGUGUUUACUGUGAAAUACGAUGUGGAGAGAGAGAGCAAUGCUGGAGAACUUCAGGUACGGAUGCACAUUCACUGUUAAUAGUUGACAUACAAA